AUGGCUGGUGGCCAGCCGCCGGCGGGCCCCGCAAACCACUCUGAGGAGUCUGCAAUUGAGAGUUUCCUGCGGAUACUGGAAGAUCACAGGCGCGCUUGUGAGGCCACCGGCAAGUAUGUGGAAGCAGAGGUCGCCAAGAAACGAAUUGUAGAACUAAGAGCAGACCACGCCAACAAGAAGCGGGAGGCGUUGCGCGCUCGCCAGGUCAAGGAGCGCCUCGAUCUGGAGGAGGCGCAGAUCCUGGAGUAUGAGCACUUCAAAGCGCGUUGGGCCAAGUCGCUCAAGGAGUUUGACGACAAGGCCGCCGAGCAGGCCAGCUCUGCCAAAGAUCGGCAAACGGAAGAGCUGCUCGAUCUGCGGGAGAAGCACGAGCGGGAGCUCGCGGACGUCCGGCCGAAGCCGAACAAGGAGAUCCUGAACCUGCGGAAGAUUCAGGAGAUCCUCGCCAAGCAGAAGGAGUACAUCGAGGCGCAGAAGGUCAAGGCGAAAGUGGACCAGCUGGUGAGCGCCUCAAACAGCGUCCACAAACAUUUCGAGCGCUCUUUCUGUGCGGACGCUCCGUUUCCUCAGAGAGCGUCCGCAAGCUUUGAGCGCUCUGUCUGUGUGGACGGUCCGUUUCCGUCCCUGAUAAUCUUCCAAACGGAAGCUCGUUUCGUGGACCAGCUGGGGGACGCUCUUCAUGUCCGGACGCUGGUCCUGUACGGACGCUCCUGUGACGCGGUGCUUUCUCCGUCCGAACGGUCCAUCUGUGAGGCGUUGGAAGCGGACAGGGCACGUGCCCUGCUGACGGAAGCGAUCGCGCUCGCGGAGGAGAAGGUGCUCGCGCGGCAGGCCCAGGAAAUGGAGGGCCUGCUCAAACGGCUGAUGGGCGCGCGCGACGACCUUUUGCGUCAGCGGCAGAUGGACCACGACAGAAUUGUCCAGAGGCACCAGAACGGAAAGCUCCUCCUCGAAAAGAACCAGGCGCUCGACCGGCAAAAGAUCGAAAAGCACCUCAAGAGAGGCUCCACGUCGGUGCCAAAGGGGGUAGUAACGGCGCCAAUUGACGGAGGGCGGCGCUCGAAAACGCCGAACAGCCUAAGACGCUCCGCUGACAGUCCCUCGCCGGAAACGCGCAAAUCUGACAAGUCCAAGAUGACGAGCAAAAUCUAUGCCAGUUGGGACCAGUCACUGAAGUGA